CCACCAGAACAAAAAAAAGCUCUGCAAACUUUUAUUUCCUUCUUCUUCUGCUCCACUGCUCGAUCUCCCAAGAGAAACAAGUAGGCGACGGGUUCGUCGGAACUCUAGACAGUCGCGACAGCGGAGACGAUUCUGGUGGCGAUUCGGACGGCGACGAUGACGGUGGUUCUGGCGGCGGUCUCUGAUCAGAAACCCGGCGGCUGGUGUGUUGUUUCUGGUCUUCAAUCGGAAACCCUAGCUUCGCGAUGAAGAGAGCGGUAGCGGCGGCGGGUGACGAGCGGCGGAGGCUGACGAGCGUCUCUGAUCAGAACCCUAGUUCUGAUUUCACAGGUAUGCCGGAUACCCGACGGAUAAUAGGCCGGGUAUGGGACAAAAAAUUACAACCAGGUACGAGGGUGGGAUUACCAAUACUCGGUCCAAAACCGGCCCAUUGCCAUUCUUACUCUCAUAUUCUUCAUAGUGAAUUCGCAGAUAAGCCCUUGUCACCCUCUGCAAAAACCAUGUCUGUAAUCCUCCGGGUUUUACCCGACAUAGCAACCCGAUCCAUCCACCACCUCUCAACCCAGACCCGCUCUCUAUUUCAACUCAAUCGCAUAAUCCUCCAACCAGUUUUAACAAAAUCUUUCUCUGCUUCUACAACCGAACCACCGGUUGUCUCUAAUCUCCCGACCACAACUUCUAAGGAACAGCCACAGCAAUCUGUUCAUGAAACACCCACUCUUGAAUGGAUCAAUCGAAAUGGGUUGUGUGGUGAAUUGAGUGAAAAGGAUGUGGGUAGAGAGGUUAGGUUGUGUGGGUGGGUUGCACUUCAUAGGGCUCAUGGUGGCCUUACUUUUAUUAAUCUUAGAGACCAUUCUGGAAUCCUUCAGGUUACAACACUUCCAAAUGAAUUUCCUGAAGCUCAUUCUAUGGUGAAUGACUUGAGACUUGAGUAUGUAGUGUCUAUACAAGGCGUUGUUCGGCUCCGUCCAAGCGAUUCCAUUAAUAAAAACAUGAAGACUGGCAUGAUAGAGGUCACUGCAGAACAAGUUCAAGUGUUGAAUUCGGUGAAGGCUAAGUUGCCAUUCUUGGUUACCAGUGUAGAUGACGCAAAAGAUUCUAUUAAAGAGGAAAUCCGCUUGAGAUAUCGUUGCCUUGAUUUACGACGACCACAAAUGAGUUCCAACAUAAUGCUGCGACAUCAAGUGGUGAAGCUCAUGCGGAGGUAUUUAGAAGAUGUGCAUGGUUUUGUGGAGAUUGAGACUCCAAUACUGUCUAGGUCAACUCCUGAAGGUGCUCGGGAUUAUUUGGUUCCAUCAAGAGUUCAGCCAGGAACAUUCUAUGCUUUGCCCCAAAGUCCACAACUGUUCAAACAAAUGCUAAUGGUCUCAGGUUUUGACAAAUACUAUCAAAUAGCAAGAUGUUUUAGGGAUGAAGAUCUAAGGGCCGAUAGACAACCUGAAUUCACACAAUUGGAUAUGGAAUUGGCUUUCACCCCUCUCGAGGACAUGUUAAGCCUCAAUGAAGAUUUAAUUCGAAAGGUUUUUUUAGAUAUAAAAGGUGUUGAGCUACCAAACCCUUUCCCGAGGCUUACAUAUGCCGAGGCAAUGAACCGUUAUGGCUCAGACAGACCCGAUACCCGUUUUGAUCUUGAACUCAAAGAUGUAUCCGAUAUUUUCUCCGAUUCUUCUUUCAAAGUUUUCACAAAUGCCUUGAAUAACGGCGGAAUAAUCAAAGUAUUAUGCAUCCCUUCAGGAGCAAAAGCUUUUUCCAACACCGCUCUUAAAAAAGGUGACAUCGUUAGUGAAGCGAUUAAAUCCGGGGCCAAGGGUUUACCGUUUUUGAAGAUACAGGAAGAUGGUCAACUCGAAGGGGUUCCUGCACUAACAUCAAGCCUGGAUCCCGCUAAGAAAGAAUUGUUUUUGAAAAGAUGCGAGGCAGGAUCAGGUGACCUUAUCUUGUUUGCAGUGGGUCCCGCUUCGUCGGUCAACAAAACUUUAGACCGGCUCAGGUUGUAUGUAGCCAACAUGUUGGGCUUGGUUGACCAUUCUAAGCAUUCUAUCUUGUGGGUAACGGAUUUUCCGAUGUUUGAAUGGAAUGAUUCCGAGCAGAGGCUUGAGGCACUUCAUCACCCUUUUACGGCCCCUAACCCCGAAGACAUGAAUGAUCUUGCUUCUGCUCGUGCGUUGGCUUAUGACAUGGUCUACAAUGGCGUUGAGAUUGGUGGAGGAAGUUUGAGGAUUUAUCGGCGUGAUGUCCAACAGAAGGUUCUAGAAGUUGUUGGCAUUUCUCUUGAACAGGCUGAAGCCAAGUUCGGUUAUCUUCUAGAAGCGCUAGACAUGGGUGCUCCUCCACACGGAGGAAUUGCUUAUGGGUUGGAUCGAUUGGUGAUGCUACUGAGCGGUAGCAGUUCAAUAAGGGACGUGAUCGCUUUCCCCAAAACCACCACGGCACAAUGUGCACUUACUCGUUCUCCUUCAGAGGUGGACCCUCAACAACUCCGAGAACUCUCUUAUCGCCGUCAUUAGCCUUCUUUUUGAUCCAUGUUUCUUUUUUAUAACCAUUUUGAUCGAUAUUUCAUUUUUAUAUAAAAAAAAACUAUUCAUAAACUUUCAUCAGUUGUAAUUUUAUCUUAAUUUUUAUUAUAGUUAUCAUAAGUAAUUUUGUUGUGUUAAAA